ACUUUGAUUGGUUAAUUGACCGUGCUUUCUCUUGAAUUAUGCGCGUGUGUAGGAUCCAGAGUUCCUCUCGACCCUUACCACGGUCCUGAUGUCGACCCCUCUCCUCAUCAAAGUCCAGCACAUCCUGCACUCGCCCGAGCGCUUCUCGGCCUACAUCCUCGCCCUCCAGCUCGACAACCCCUCGGCCUCCCACACCCAGGUCAUGCAGUCCCUCCAGACGUUCCUCUCUGGCAUCCCAGAGGAUAAGAGGCUCCAGAUCCAGAAGGUCUUUGCAGAGGAAGAGGUCUCGGAUUCGAUGGGCCUUUCCCCCACAACACUGGACACCGCUUUGCAACUGCUGCAUUCAGACACCCAAUUGUAUAUCGAUAUUCUGUCCGCUUUGCAGCUCAACCAGGCAGAGAACAUGCCAUGGGAGGAAGUCGUCGACAAGAUCAAAACCCUCAUCGAUGUCAAGAAGCCCCAUGCAUGGGCUGGCGUCGAACAGUUCCUCCAGGGUCUGCAUUGGGGUUCUCAGCACGAAGAACCUGCCACACAGGCAGCGGACGCAGAGAAUGAUGAUGAUAACGUUCUCGAAAUGAUCGAGGGUAUCGACUAUUACCCUGAUGAGGAUGAAGAGGAGCUAGAGGGCGACGACUACGACCAGCACUUUGCGGCCUUCCUUAAGGACGUACAAGAGAUCAAUGAUGCUCAGGGCUUUGCGGAUGAUUUUGGCAAGAUGGGUGUCGCAUACAACCGCCAGGCUAUCGAGUCGUGCUAAACCCCUGAACACUUUUUUUCUUUUUUUCUUUGAAGACGGCAUCCCAACUUCAUUUCCAGACUUCAGUGAUUUUUGCCAUUCUCAAUAUCUUUUUCAAUACCAAAGAAAUAACUCUCAACAGCUGAAAUGUUGUGGACAAUGAAAUCAGCAAAUCUCAGCAACACACAGCAACUUGACACUCGACACACACACACACAAACG